AUGACUAAUGACGCAAAUACUACAGCAGAGAAGCGGAAGUUUCGUGGCCUGCUUGCAAAGAAAAAAAGAUUAAAAAAAGAAAUAUUUGCUAUUGAAAAAGAAAUAUUCAGGAUAGAAACCGCAUACUUGGAGAUGACACAAGGUGCUCCACUUACAAAAAAUGUAGACUACUAUACAUCAAACAGGGUCGAUAAAAAGAAGCCAUGCGUAGAUGACAGGAUGAGAAUGUUCAACAGAAACUUCCCGAUGCCAAACAAGUAG